GUUUGUGUGCGUUAAAGUGAGGUCACGUGAUGCGCUCGGUUCCUGUGUGUGGUGGCGGAGUUUAGUACAGAUGUCGGGAGGAGGAAACCGCGGGACGUGAGUGUCUAUUAGGUUUUUGGAACACAAGCAUUUUGUGUUGGACAAUGAGCAACCUUUUUGGUGGACAGCAAAUCUCAAGCGCCAACGCACAAAAUCAGAACACCGCUAUGUUCGGGCAAACGUUGCUGUUUGGCCAGAAUGCACCUGCACAGUCUACCCCAGCAUUUGGACAACCAUCUAUGGGCCAGACUGCUCCCAUGUUUGGACAACUUGGUAACAAUCAGUCUGUUUUUGGUCAGAAUACCUCUAGCCAAUCUUCUAUGUUUGGACAGACUAAUCCAGCUCAAACUACUUCAGCAUUUGGCCAGACAAGUGGUGGACUGUCAGCUCCUACGUUUGGACAAGGUUCUUCUGGACUAACAGGGCCAGUAUUUGGACAAACAGGUUCUGGCCAAUCUGGUUCCAUUUUUGGCCAGGCUGCUGGUGGGCAGUCUAAUUCUGUGUUUGGACAAGGCACUUCUGUACAGUCUGCUCCCACAUUCGGUCAAACAACUAAUGUACAGUCUACUUCUACCUUCGGACAAGCGACUUCUGGUUCAGUGUUUGGACUAGCAACAUCCGGACAGACUGCUCCAUUGUUUGGGCAGGCUAGCUCAGGGCAGUCUGUUCCUUCCUUUGGGCAAUCCGGACCUGCUUUUGGACAGGGCACUUCUUCACAGUCUACCCCAGUAUUUGGACAGAGCACUUCGAGUCAGUCUACAUCUGUGUUUGGACAAGCCACAUCUGGUGCAUCUGCGCCUACAUUUGGGCAGGCAUCUUCUGCGCCAUUGGCUCCAGCAUUUGGACAGUCCACACUAGGACAAUCCGGCUUUAACUUUGGACAGACUUCAAGUAGUCAGUCUGCUAAUCCUUUUCCACAGCAAUCUUUAGGACAAACUGGUUCAGUGUUUGGACUGGCAACUACCAGACAGUCCUCUUCCCUUUUUGGACAAGCAAGUAAUAGCCAAUCAGUACCUGCAUUCGGACAGACUCCUACUGGGCAGACUGGUCCCACGUUUGGAAAAGGAAGUACUAAUCAAUCAUCUAUAUUUGGACAAACUGCCAACAGUAUAUCUGCAUCUCAUUUUGCUCAAGUACCAUCCAGUCAGUCUACGUCCCUCUUUGCCCAGGCUACUACUGACCAGUCUGCAUCUUUUUUCACACAGCCUACAACAAGCCAGUCGUCCUCCCCCUUUGGAAGCAGUGGUUCGGUUUUUGGGCAGGCAACAUCUGGGACAUCUUCAACACCCAGACAGCCUGAAGAUGGAUCAAAUCAGGGUUCUCAGUCUCCCGGCAGUAGAUUUUUGUUUGGCCAGACGUCCUCAGGCCCGACACCUUUGUUUGGGCUAAAUACUGCUGGGCAGACUUUUGGUCAGACAGGCUCCCAAUCUGGGCAAGAUGGAAAAAGCCAGAUUUCAGGCUUUGGGCAAGUAAACAGUGGGCAGAGUAACUUUUUUGGCCAACCACCUGGCUUCCAAUCUGCCUUCACAAAACAGGAAGCUGGUUCUGAAUUUGGCCAACCCCCGUCUGCACUACCAUCUACUACUGCAUUUGGAAUUGCACAAUCUUCUCAGAUUAGCAAAGCAGAAACAUCAGAGAAAACAUCAGUCUUUGGUCAACAAUCAAAUAUUUCUGGAAGUGUUUUUGGCACCAACACACAGAUAAGUACCGGUUCGAGCGUUGUGGACUCUAAGUUUCCUACAAAUAUGACAUCAUCACCCUUUACACAGGUGUCAUCCAAUUCUGAGCACAGUUUCAAACCUGUUCAUACAACUUUCAAGCCAAUCUUAAGCGGAACAAGUAAAUCGGAUGAAACAUCCUCAUCUUCUUUUAGCAUGUCCGGUAAAAGUGAGUCAAAAGAUCAAUCAAUAUUUGGAUCCUCCACAGCAUCUUCUACAUCAGGGAAUGUUAACUUCUUCUCCUUGUCUUCAGACAAGAAAAGCAAAGUUGAAACUUCACCCUCUAGACCUUCAUUUGCAAGUGCUAAUAGUAGUUUCACUAGUUUUCCUGAAGAAUCUAGAAGAGAUGAAGGACUGAAAGGAGUAAAGAGAAAAGAGGAACACAAUCGUUCCCCGCUUAGAAGUGAUGUUGCCACCUCGGGUGAACCCUCUUCCGAUCUUCAUAGCGAACAUCAACCUGUUAAGAGGUCUGGAAGGUUGAAUCGAGAUUUGAGAGGAGGUGCUAACAUCUAUGUAAGGAGCUUGUUUGAUGUUGUGAAAAGUCAAAUGAAAACUCCGGAUAGAAGGGAUGUAAAAAAAGAAGACAAUGCUCCAAAGCCGACGGAUACUGAUCCUCCACCAUCAAAUCAGUCAUUUGGAAGAAAUCUCUCCUCAAGCUCACCUAACCAAACGGAAUCUGCUAAGGCUAUCUCUGCUCCUCUGUCCAGUCAAGUAGCUUUCACUAAGCCCCAGAUGACGGCCACGAGUCAAGCUCAAUCUACCAGAAUGGUGUCAUUUGUACGACCAAAUCAACAAGGAUCUGUCCGAGAGCAUUCUUCAACUGGAACUAGUGAACUGAUACCAGGAAGAAUUAAACCCUUGCUAGAGGAAGGAGAACUGCUGCAGGAAAUUGGAGAUACUUCCUCCAUGACUGCUACAAAGCAAGGAAAACAUCCUUCUAGCGCUGAGCAUUCGGUGCCUGUCUCCCCCAGUGAACUGACUGCUUUUUAUGUUAAGGAUCUGCCUAAUAAUCAAAAUAAAAAAGCAGUGCUGCAGGAUUUCUUUAAGAAGUAUGGCAAAAUUCAGCGUAUAACCUGCAGGACGGCGCAAAAAAUUGCUUUUAUUCAGUUCAAUAACCAUAACUGCGCAGCUAUGGCCAAGAAAGCCGUAAAAAAGCUGAACAAGGAUGCUGUUGUUUUUUGGCAACGGAAAAAAACAAGCCCUGCUAAGAAGAAGGGCACUCAGUCACAGCAGAGAGAAGAAAAACCAAAUGAGCAAGAAAGCAUUGGAGUUGUCUCGCCUGUGCACAAACCUGUUCUCCGAGGACUGAAGGGAUCUCCUGUAAAGAAGGCUACGUUUUCCAAGACCCUUCAGUUUAGUGUUGACAACACCGAUUCCUCAGCUCCUUUCUCGGACACCACAGUGCCUUUGCCUGCAUCACUUUUGCAUCUUGUGGGAACAGUGGCUGAGACUUCAGAAGAGAAGUAUCGUCUCCUAGACCAGAGAGACAAGAUAUUGAGACAAGCUCGAGUUAAGCGAACAGGGCUAGAUCAAGCCAAAACUUUUGUAGGAACUUGUCCUGACAUGUGCCCAGAAAAGGAGAGAUACAUGAGGGACACCCGCAAUCAACUUAGCAUCUAUGAAUUCCUUCCAGGAACUGACAAGCUUGACCAUGCAGCUGCAAUAAAAGAGUACAGUCGAUCUUCAGCAGAUCAAGAAGAGCCCCUUCCUCAUGAGUUGCGUCCUGUACCAGUGCUGUGCAUGACCAUGGAUUAUCUGGUGAACCAUAUCAUGCAUCUGGGAGAGGACAAUUAUAGAGACUGGUACGACUUUGUUUGGAACAGAACACGUGGAAUUAGAAAGGAUAUUACGCAGCAGCAUUUAUGUGACCCCCUUACUGUGUCUUUGAUGGAAAAGUGUAUGCGUUUUCACAUUCACUGUGCCUAUCAACUUUGUGAGGAGCCGAUGUCAUCAUUUGAUCCAAGAAUCAAUAAUGAGAAUUUAACAAAGUGUUUGCAGAGCCUAAAGGAGAUGUACCAGGACCUACAAAAUCGUGGAGAGACCUAUCCUUGUGAACCUGAGUUCAGGGGCUAUAGUGUUCUACUCAACCUAAACAAGGGAGAUAUUCUCAGAGAAGUGCAACAGUUUCCAGAGUCUGUUCGUAACUCAGAAGAAGUGAAGUUUGCCGUCCAAGUUUUCGCUGCACUGAACAGCACAAACUUUGUCCGAUUCUUCAGGCUUGUGCGUUCUGCAUCUUACCUUAGCAGUUGCAUUUUACACUGUUUUUUCCCACAGAUACGAAGAGAUGCAUUACGUGCCUUGAAUGUAGCAUACACAAUCAGCUAUCAGCGACCCAGCUUAUUUCCUCUAGAAAACAUUGUUAGUCUGUUGUUUUUCCAAGAUGCCGGAGAAGCCACAGAUUUUCUUACAGCUUAUGGCUUAAGUGUGAGUGAAGGUCUUGUAGAGCUGAAUCGUGCUGCAAUUACUGAGCCCGAUGCUCCGUUGCGGCCAAAGAGGUGCUCAUAUAUCAGUCUUAAGCACCAAGGGUCCGUGGGGGAAGUCGUGAACGGAGCUCCACUCCCACAAUUCUCUAUGCAUAUGCCUGUUUGCAGCUUUGAUGCCCAGAAUAAAUAUACUGGAAGUAGCAGCAUUUAUGAACCUGAACCCAAAAUUUUAUUAGAACUAACAGAAAAACCUUCUGAAGAAGUACCAAUUAAACGCACUAUUGUACUUCUGCCUGAAGCUAAGGAGUCCUGCUCCGUGCCUGCACAGGCAGUGUUUCAGCCCAUCAUGCCUCCUGAACCACCGCCAUCUCCUCCCAAAUCGAAAUUCAGUGAUGAGGAUGUAGCUGAUGUUCUGGAAGAGAUCUUUGACAAUGCCGUAAAACAAUUGAGUGCUCCAUACAUUGAAAGUGUGGCGUUAUACAUCUCAUCUGCACUUGAAGAGUCGUCUGUAAUUGCAGAUAGGCUGCUUGCAGACGUCAUACUGAAUAUUUCAGGAAUUAUUGCAGAAGAAGAAUUAAAAGCAGAGACUGAAAGAGUGAAAGAGGAGAAACGAAGGAAGGCAGAAGAAGCCAGGAGAAUUCAAGAAAGAGAGCGACUUCUUUCGCUGGAGAGCCGGUCCCAGUGUGAUGACCUGAUUAAUGAAGUUAUUACAGAAAAUAUCCGAAUAAUAUCAAAGGAAGAGCUGCAGAAAGCAGUGCAACUUGAUCAUAAUAAGAGAGUUUUACGGUGCUCCCAGAAUGUCUGUGACCAGUAUGUCGGUCGAUAUGUGGAUGAGGAGAUAUUCCAUGUAGCCAGAGAAACCCUUUAUGAGAUGCAGUGUUGCAGCAAAUAUAUCCAGAGGUGGCGAGAGGUUUUAGCUGCACGUAAGAAGUUAAGACGACAAAUGCGUGCCUUUCCAGCAGCCCCCGGUUCUGUGGGCCGUGAUGGCAAACUGAAAGCUUUGAUUCCCAGUGCUACACAUGAUGUACAGGCUUUAUCUAAAGGAAUUGUUAACUUGGGUCAGGCUGGAAAAUUAAGCGUUUCCUUUACCAGGUGUCAACAGGUCAGGGAAAAAAUAUUUCAUCAGUUGAAGGUUCAGCACUAUUUCCAAGAGCUGCUAUGUGAUGCUGCAUGGAUGCCUCUGGAGCUGCCAUUUCUGAUCGUUAAGCAUCUCCCCACAUGGAAGCAAUGCAUCUUUUGGAAAGUAAUCCUUGCUCUGCCUGAAAUCAGUGAUCCUGACGAUCCCACAGGUGUCCUUUCAGACUGGUUAAAGGCCAAGUUCUGCUGGGCUGGUGUCAGGCCUGAGAGUGAUCACGGGCAGCAAGUUCAAACAUUAGCUCUCUACAGCUCCUUAGAGUCUCAAGGAGGAAGCCUGGUUCGAGUUAAUGUGUGUGUAAAGACUGUACAUGGCCCUCUGACAGAAAAUGAGUUGGAGCAGGUUGAGCUUCAAAAGCAGUUAUUGGGAACAAGUGGUAUUGUCCUCCUCUUGCCAGCGCAGUCAGAUUCAGAUGUCUGUCAGAUCGAAGCAUUACUGCAGCUGAAGCAGCUCCUCCAAGCUAAACCGUUUAAGCCACCCCCAAGUCUUGCUGUUCUGGUUCCUUCAUCUUACUCCGAUCCAGAGACCGUUGUAGAAAAAGAACUUAAUAUUUCUGACCUAGUGACAUCUGGACUAAUAUCAGAUUAUAAUGUGUUCUCCAUACCUGAUGGCAUCAAUGACAUGAAAGGAACAAACAUGGUCUCCUCUGCUGUACAGUUUCUGCUGUCCCACUGCCCACAUUCUUUGGAAUUGCGCAGUCUCCCUUUCCGACAAUACAUAGAGGAUGGUGUGUGCAGUGCAUUCAGUAAUGCCUUUUAUCACGAUAAGAUGGAAAGAAAGAAAUCUGGACUUCCCGCACAGGAUCCUGCUGCCAUCAUUGACUUGUACAAUGAUACCAUUUCAUUCCUAGCAGAGGUAGUUUCUUCUGAGCAACUCACUGAACUGUCCUGGCCUGUAACAGAGUUUACAUGUUCUAGUGGCAGCUCUCUAAUGCCACCUACUGACUGGAACAGUCCUGGCCAUCUUGCAUGGCUGAAGAAGGCAGUACGUUGUUUUCAGCUUCCACAAAUGGACAGACCUCCACAAGGAGCUCCUUGGGGUCCUGUCUGUUCCAUGAUUAUGGACUACGUGUCACAGAUCACACAGUCCCCAUCAGGUCUUCCUCUGUUGUUCUCUGAAGUUCAGCUCCUUCUCGGUCGCAUAAAGAAACAAUGGUUUUCAAAGGAAGGCAUUGCAGGCUUCACACCAUCUGUGCAAGACAUUCCUUGGGAUGAGAUAAUUGCUCUUUGCAUUAAUCACAAACUAAGAGCCUGGGACCCUCCGUUUCUUUCCGAUUCUAAAGUUGCCCAAGAAGAUCUUUAUGUCUAUUUCUUUGAAGAAGAUUUAAAAAACUUUACUUACCCUGAUACAUGGGAAAAUGCUCGUCUCUCCACGCAUCAGAAUGUACUAGUAACAGCAGACAGCCCUCAGAGUACAAGAGAGCAUUCCUCACAGACACCCCAGACUCCGCACUCUGUCUUUGCACCUAGUGAAAAGGAUACACAGAAACUUUUGCAAACUCCAGAGCUGUCUGAUCUGGAGUCUCUUCCGUCACAACUAAACCGCUCUCUUUUAGCAGAGAAAGAGGAGGAUGCAAGAUUCAAUGAAAAACUGCAGCAGCUACUUCUGGAUGAACCCCUAAAUGCAUCGCUUUGCCUGCCGUUAUACCUACCCAUUCCUUCUUUGUCAACUUCUUUAGAAAAUUCCAUUAUUGUGCCAGCCCUGCAGAAGUCAUCCACACACAGUGCUAUGUAUUCGCCAACCAAGCCAGACCUUACUGUGUGCUCCCCCUCACUAAGACCAUCUGUGAAAGACAGAAUAAAGGAGUUAAAUAUGAAGUUAAGAGGGAAUCAACAGGAGGAUAUUGCUUUCAGCUUACACCUUAGCACCUUGCUCGAUGUAGGCAAAAUUGAGCAAGGGAGCAGUUCACCAAAGUAAUUAUACCCCAUAAACAUACAAUUAUGAUCAUACAGGAUCUGAUGUUUUUUAAAUGUUAGCUGAUAUAUUUUCUAAGUGUGUGUUUUUCGAAAGUUGCAAUUUCUUUAUUAGAACAACACAAAAUGUAAUAGUCGGUAUGUCUCUGUAUAUUUUGGAAUUUGAAAUUCAAACUGUAAGCAUGCCAAAAUAAUUAACCGGACCUUAAAAUAAUUAUCAGCUUGUAAAUAUAAUAGGGAAUAGAAAAUGCUUUCUGCAUAUGUAGUGUAACAUGUGUUCCUAAAUGCAUUAUAUUUUAUUACAUUUUGUUUUGUAUUAAAUUAUGUAAAAUUAA